UUGUGUUCUGGUGGCACUGUGUGAACCUAAUCCAACUAAAACCCUAAUUACUUUGCCAGUGAUAGAAGAUGGCCAAUUUCUUGGCUCAAUUGAGACCAUAAACGGUGAUAUUUUUGAUGUCAUGCAAAUAUUUGCCAUGCUUAAUAUAUCUUUUUCAGUGAUAACACCAACUGUGCAUCCAAUUUUCAGAGCCAUUUUUAAUAAGGCAAACAACGUUGAUGAGAGAGAGAUUUAUGUCUUGGGAGGCAGAAGUGGUGAGAUAAGUGUUUUAUUGUCCAGAAACUUCAUAGAGGCACACUCAAUUCUGCAGGGUUCAACAAGCAAAAACAUCACUAAUUUUAUUGUACAAGAACCAAUAACGGUAGCAGCAAUAACCCAUGUUACACCUGAUGCCAAUAGUGUUUCAACCACUGAUCUUCCAGUUUCUGAAUGGCAAAGUUCGAUUGCUAUUGCAACAAUGCUUACUGGAGAGCAAUCUUUGAACGCUGUUAGUGCGGUAAGACUAGUACAUAUUAUGUAACUAUUAUUAUUUUAUAUUUAAUACCUUGCUUUUUUUUAUUUGGC